CGGAAUAAGACGCGAACAAAGUCAAAUCCCACGUUGACAUGGAUUAUUUCUCAGAGGAGCACAGUAAGCUUCUUUUGAACAAGGAGUGGCUUGUGAAGGUAGAUACCGACAAGUCGGUUCCUUACUUACUGAAGGUAUACUGUUCGACGGUGGAUCUCUCAUGCUGCGUAGUGAUAACAGAUACGAAACAUGUGUGGGGCGAAGUACUCUCAAGCAAACAAAUGGCGCGGCGUUGGCGGGAUUGCAAUUCCCAGAGUCCAAGUCCAUAUCAGAGCGAAGAAGAUGAGGACGCGUGGAGAAGCAAAGUUCUGAAAUUGAUAUCCUCUGCCCAUACUCUUGGGGGUAUCACAGACCUUUCUUUCGAAGUCAUCGACUCUCACUUCUCCGACCUUGCUUUCGAACUGGUGGACAACGAUUUCAAGUGGAGAUGGGAAACCUAUUCGCUAGGACCCUUGUUCUCCGCCGAGGUCUUGUCUAAACAUCUCAUAAUGCCCCUGAUCAGCGUUAUCCAUCUCGCGUUCUCAUCAGCGGAUCCGGUGAGCGAACUCUCAGAGACAGACCUCGAGAAAGCGAUCGACAAAAUUGGGAGAACUGCACGCCGUACAGUCGAUACGCACGUCAAGCAUGCCAUGUCAAAGCCCCGAGUAGCGACAUGUAUCAGGCGCAUGACAGCUACGUUCAACUUCUCGCCAGAGCUUCCGCCUGUCAGUUUCGAUGCCAUUAGUCCGGAUUUAUCCCUCCCUUCCGUUCAGCCUGUGUCACGGGGCCCUGUGUCAGCCACAAAAGAUUCAACGUCGCUGAUGCCAGCCAUUCCCAUUGAGAUUAUCUCCGUCCAGGAUUUACCCCCUCACGGCAGAACUGAGCCUGGGAGUGCACCAGCCAGCGAGACCAUGCCGACUGAACCACCGACUGAAGAAUCGGAGACAGAGCCUGAGUCCGGGAGCGACGAGCUUCCGGUCUAUUCCCACAACGCCCAACUAGGAGACAUGGUGUCUGCAAACGAAGCGGCGGACGGGUCUUCGCAUCUUCCACCUCGUCUGUCUCCUGACAGCAUAUUGAACCAUCCUACAGCACGAGAUGAGGAUGCUGGUUCUUCCCCACCUCUUCCUUCUAAAAGAAGGAGGCACACACCGAUUGUAUCAUCAGAAGAUGAUGACAGCGAGGCAGAACGCAAGAGGAGGGCUGCGCAGAGCAGGCUCAGUACCUCCAUUCAUCGAGGUACUAAGCAACCGGUGAAGCGAGGGGGGAAACGUUUCUAA